GUGAUGCCAGGGCCCGGGGUCCCUUCCCCCAAUCCCAGCUCUCUUCGCCUUCCUCUACUCUGCCUCCCCAGCUCCCUGCCAACCACCCUUCGUUUUCUGUCCCAGAACCUCUCCCUCCACCUCAAACCCUGACCCCUUUCUGCAGGCCAAGCCCUCCCCCUUAUCUCAGUAACUGCAGCCGGCAGGGUCAGAGGGCAGGUAGCCUGGCCACUGCACCGACAGCUACAGCCUCCAGAAACAGCUCUGGCCUCUGGGUCACUGCUCCAGGCCACUCAGCCAGGGGCCCCUCCUAGGAGUCACGGGGCUGCUGGCGCUGGGGCAGUGUCUCAACCCAGGCGCGCCAGUGUCUCUUUCCCCAGCCAGGCAUGGCAGACUCUGCACAAGCCCAGAAGCUGGUGUACCUGGUCACAGGGGGCUGUGGCUUCUUGGGGGAACAUGUGGUCCGCAUGCUGCUGCAGCAGGAACCCCAGCUCCGUGAGCUGCGCAUCUUUGACCUACACCUGGGUCCCUGGCUGGAGGAGCUGAAGACAGGGCCCGUGCAGGUGACUGCCAUCCAGGGGGACGUGACCCAGGCCCACGAGGUGGCAGCAGCUGUCGCCGGAGCCCACGUGGUCAUCCACACAGCUGGGCUGGUGGAUGUGUUUGGGAAAACCAGUCCUGAGACCAUCCAUGAGGUCAACGUGCAGGGCACGCGGAAUGUGAUUGAGGCGUGUGUGCAGACUGGAACACGCUUCCUGGUCUACACAAGCAGCAUGGAAGUUGUGGGUCCCAACAUCAAAGGCCAGCCCUUUUACAGCAAGGCCCUAGCUGAGCAGCUCGUCCUGGAAUCCAAUGGGAGGAAGGUCCUCGGGGGGUUGCCCCUCGUGACAUGUGCCCUGCGUCCCACCGGUAUCUACGGCGAAGGCCACCAGAUCAUGAGGGACUUCUACCACCAGGGCCUGCGCCUGGGGGGUCGGCUCUUCCGGGCCAUUCCAGCCUCUGUGGAGCAUGGCCGGGUCUACGUGGGUAACGUGGCCUGGAUGCACGUGCUGGUGGCCCGGGAGCUCCAGCACCGAGCUGCACUCAUGGGUGGCCAGGUGUACUUCUGCUAUGACAACUCACCCUACAAGAGCUAUGAGGACUUCAACAUGGAGUUCCUGGGCCCCUGUGGACUCCGGCUGGUGGGCACCCGCCCACUGUUGCCCUACUGGCUGCUGCUGUUUCUGGCUGCCCUCAAUGUCCUGCUGCAGUGGCUGCUGCGGCCGCUGCUGCUCUAUGCGCCCCUGCUCAACCCCUACACGCUGGCUAUGGCCAACACCACCUUCACCGUCAGCACCGACAAGGCUCGGCGCCAUUUUGGCUAUGAGCCCCUGUUCUCCUGGGAGGAGAGCAGGACCCGCACCAUCCGCUGGGUGCAGGCCGUGGAGGGCUCAGCCCAGUGAUGGUGGAGCUGGGCCUGGAGGCCAGCAUGGCACAGCCAUCCAGGUCCAGAGCCCUCAGACCCUGGUGGGGAGGGAGGGCUACAUUCUAGAGCCGGAGGAGGAGGGGUCUGGUGCCAGACUGGCUGUCCUAGAGCUCUCCACAUUGUAAUUCAUGAGCCUUGAGCCUGUGUCCUAAUACCCCUCAGUUCUAGGGCAGGGUUUUGGAGCAAGUGUGUCUUCACUCUCAACCCAGGCCUGAUGGCUGGUUGGCGAGGGUCUGACUCCCCUGACGUUCUCCACGGUCCCAUCCCAUUUCUGGCUUUUCAAGCAGGAAGUGGGUAGAAGUUCCACAGGGCCUCGUGCUGGACCUCGGAUAUCCAGGUGUGAUCCUCAGACCCGGGUUCAGAGUGAAGAUGCUUUCUGGCUCCUCCCACCACCUUUGUCCCUCCUUGGGGUUCAUAGUCCCAUUAUUUUAAAACAUUUAUUACCCUUGGACAUUUAUCUUUUUUUAUUCUCUUCAACGAAGGCUGAGGAAAUCUGUGUAUUUUCACCUCUUGCCACCCUCUACCCAAAUCAGUUCCUGCAGCACUGUUUGAUCUCUGCCUGAGGAUGCCCCAGUAAUGCUGUACCAGUCCAAGCCCUGGAUUAAAGCUCCUUCUCCGAGCCUGUGUCCAUCCAC